GAACACAUGCAGUCAUGGAUUCCCCUUCCUCACAGCUGGACUGUGGGAUCAACAAUGAGACCAUCGACCUUGUGGUUUUUUGCCUCUAUUACAUUUUGUUCGUCCCCGCACUUAUACUGAACGUUAUGGCAGCCUGGAUCUCCUGGAAGCUGAAGACCAAAUCUUCAUUUGUCGUCUACCUGAAGAACCUUGUGGCUGCUGACCUUCUGAUGACCUUCAUCAUCCCACUGAAGGCUGUUGAUGGGCUUCCGAGGUCGCCACACGGACUACAAGUGUUUAACUGCCAGUUUAGCGCUGUGUUUUUCUAUCUCUGCCUGUAUGUCAGCAUUGUUCUCAUGGGGGUCAUCAGCCUCAACCGUUUCUUCAAGAUUGUGCAGCCCGGUGGGAAACUGCUCGGCCAAAGUGCCGUCUUUGGCAAAGUGGUCUCUUCAGUCGUGUGGGUAGUGCUACUCAGCAUAACCAUGAUACCAACCAUGGUACUCACCAGUGAGAAGCCAACCAAUGACACUGCAGAGCUGUGCAUGGCCAUGAAGAGUGACGUGGGGAAGGAGUACCAUCAUGGGGUUAGCAUUUUCUGCAACUGGAUUUUCUUUGUCGUGUUAAUCGUCAUUGGACUCUGCUACACGUGCAUUGCAAAGAGGGUCAUUGAGUCAUACAGAAACUCAGGGAGCAAGAACCUCCAGGGGAAACGAAAGAUCAAAGCUCGGGUGUUUAUCAUUCUGGCGGUGUUCCUGGUCUGCUUCGCCCCCUACCACAUCACACGCAUCCUUUAUGCCCCAACACAAGUGAAGAAUACGUAUAGCUGCAACUGGGCUUCACUGAAGGGGGCUAAGAGCAUCACUCUGUGGCUUGCCACCACCAACGUCUGUCUGGACCCCCUCAUCUACAUUUUACUGUGCAAAGCUUUCCGGGAGAAACUGUAUGAGUUCAAGAUAUGUGGACGUUGUAUUUCCACUAGACCCCAGGAGAAUACAGAAGACACGUAUGUUUGAAAGGGUGUAGUUGUUAGCUUCCUGUGUCAAGAGCUUCUCCUUUUUUCAGUGUAUGUGCAGUUCAGUCCAUGUAACAAAUUCAUUUGAUAGUUUGAUCAGGUGAACUAUUAAUUAAUGCUUACUUCAUAUAAUGUCUGAUUAAGUGAAACUCAUUUUCUGUUAAUAAGCAAUGGAUACAGCAGUAAUGGCAGCGUUGUCCAUUUUCUCUCUUUGUAACAUUGUUAGCCUCAGAACUUUCUGAAGACAAAACAGUUUAACAACUUCAUUUUAAAAAAGAACAAGACUGAGGAAGGUGAAGUGUGUGUAUACUGUAUGCUGACUGUUGGGUGGAGUUUGUAUAGUGUGUGUACAUAUUGACUGUUGGGUGGAGUUUGGGUUUAUAAGCUCUGAUAGCCUUCAUUCAGAAGUUGAAAUAUUUGUAGUCC